AUGGGAAGCUCGGGAACCAGGGCCGGAGCCAACAUUCUCCUAAUGGCCGCAGAGCACUCAGAGCUGUCUUCGGCGGUAAGUGCUUUCAUCGUGCCAGGAGAGGCCCUCACCUUCGCCUGCUGCGUCCCACUCCUCCCACCGAGCCAUCCUGCCAGGCUGCUGGGAGCUGAGCUGCUGGGACGGGCCAGCUCUGGAGCCUGCGCGGGGCCGUACGGGACUGAGGAGGCAAAUGUUCGGGUGCCAGAGGAUACAGAACGCGGGAAGCUGCCAGGGCUGGGCAGCGGGCUUGCUGUACCCAGCCAGGAUGCUGUGUCCCCCCUGGAUACUAUCGCUCUCCGGGAUGUCAGUGGCCAGCCAGGCUUUGUCCCAGUUGCCUUGCGGGGCAGACGCUCCCCCCAGGAGCUCCCUGAGGCUCGUGCUGCUCCCAGGAGACAGAAGAGGGACUGGGUGAUCCCCCCCAUAAAGGUUCCUGAAAACGAGAGGGGUCCCUUCCCCAAAAAGCUGGUUCAGAUCAAAUCCAACAGGGACAGAGACACCAAAAUCUUCUACAGCAUCACAGGGCAGGGAGCAGAUGCCCCCCCCGAGGGCAUCUUCACCAUCGAGAAGGAGUCUGGCUGGAUGAAGGUGACGCAGCCACUGGACCGGGAGCGCAUCGACAAGUACCACCUCUUUUCCCACGCCGUGUCAGAGAAUGGCAAACCAGUGGAGGAGCCAAUGGAGAUCAUAGUCACGGUGACAGACCAGAACGACAACAAGCCCCAGUUCACACAGGAGGUCUUCAGGGGCUCCGUGCCUGAAGGCGCUUUGCCGGGCACUUCUGUUAUGCAGGUGACAGCCACGGACGCAGAUGAUGCGGUGGAGACCUACAACGGUGUCAUCGCCUACUCCAUCCUCAGCCAGGAGCCACGCGAGCCCCAUCCCCACAUGUUCACCGUCAACCGUGCCACCGGCACCCUCAGCGUCAUCGCCAGUGGCCUCGACCGCGAGCGUGUGCGGCAGUACACACUGACAGUGCAGGCGGCCGACCUGGAUGGCGAGGGGCUGACCACCACCGCGCUGGCCGUCAUCGAGAUUGCGGAUGUCAAUGACAACGCCCCCGAGUUUGAUCCCAAAACGUACAAGGCAACCGUACCAGAGAAUGAGGCUGGGCGGGAGGUGGCCCGGCUGGUUGUCACUGACCUGGACGAGCCGAACACACCGUCGUGGCGAGCUGUCUACUCCAUCCUGCGUGGCAAUGAGGGAGGUGCCUUCACCAUUGCCACUGACCCUGCCAGCAACGAGGGAGUCCUCCGCACCGCCAAGGGUCUGGACUACGAGGCCAAGAAGCAGUUCGUGCUCCAUGUAGCCGUCACCAACGAGGCCGACUUUGCUGUCAAGCUGCCGACGGCCACUGCGACGGUGACAGUCAACAUAGAGGAUGUCAACGAGGCACCCAUCUUUGACCCUCCGGUGCGGUUUGCCCAGGUGCCAGAGGACGUGCCACCGGGGCAGACCCUCACCUCCUGCACUGCCCAGGACCCUGACAAAGCCCAGGGGCAGAAGAUCAAGUACCUGGUGGGACAUGACCCUGCGGGCUGGCUGGCUGUGCACCCUGAGAAUGGCUUGGUGACAGCACGGGACCACCUGGACCGCGAGUCCCCCUUCACCAAGAACAGCACCUACACCGCCAUGCUGCUUGCUGUGGACGAUGGCUCACCACCUGCCACGGGCACUGGCACCCUGCUCCUAACACUGCUCGAUGUGAACGACCACGGCCCUGAGGCCGAGCCACGGGACAUCACCAUCUGCAACCACAGUCCCCAGCCCCAGGUCCUCACCAUCACCGACAGGGACUUGCCCCCCAACACCGGCCCCUUCCGUGCCGAGCUCACCCAUGGCUCAGGGGACAGCUGGGCUGUGGAGGUCAGCGAUGAAGAUGACACAGUCACUCUGCAGCUGGUGGCACCACUGGAGCCAGACCUCUACAGCAUCUACCUGCGGCUCCUCGACCGCCCAGGCAAAGCCCAGCUCACUGUCAUCACUGCGCGGGUCUGCGACUGCGAGGGGCCGGUGCAGGGCUGUCCACAGAGACCCCAGCCUGCCACUGCCCUGCCCUUCGUCCUCGCUGGCCUCGGUGCCCUCCUGGCUUUGCUGCUCAUCCUGCUGCUGCUGCUGCUCUUUGUGAGGAGAAGGAAGGUGACAAAAGAGCCACUGCUGCUGCCUGAGGAUGACACACGGGACAAUGUCUUCUAUUAUGGGGAGGAAGGUGGUGGCGAGGAGGACCAGGACUAUGACCUGCGGCAGCUGCACCGGGGUCUGGAUGCCCGUCCUGAGGUGCUGCUGCGCAACGACGUGGCCCCCACCCUCCUGCCAGCCCCCCAGUACCGGCCUCGGCCUGCCAACCCUGAUGACAUCGGUACCUUCAUUGAGGAGAACCUGAAGGCAGCUGACACAGACCCCACGGCCCCGCCGUACGACUCGCUGCUGGUGUUUGACUACGAGGGCAGCGGCUCGGAGGCCACCUCGCUCAGCUCCCUCAACUCCUCCGACUCCGACCGCGACCAGGACUACGACUACCUCAACGACUGGGGCAGCCGCUUCAAGAAGCUGGCCGACCUCUACGGGGGUGGGGAGGAGGAUGACUAGGGCACCCCUCCCCCGUGGCACCCCUGCCCUGCGCCUUACUACUGCCCGUGCCUUGGGGCUGUUGUCUCCCCACCCCCACCCCCACCUCGGCAGC